AUGAACUACUUUUCCAGCUCUUGUAACCCUAAUUCUUCAGAGUCUUCUUCAGCUGCAAACAAUAAUAAUGGGAAAGAGAAGAAGAAGGGUGGUGGUGGUGGGAAGAGAAGCAGCAAAGUGGUGAAGCUGUCGACUGACCCACAAAGCGUGGCGGCACGGCAGAGGAGGCACCGGAUCAGUGACCGGUUCAAGAUCCUGCAAAGCUUGGUUCCUGGUGGGACUAAGAUGGACACAGUGUCUAUGUUGGAAGAGGCCAUUCACUAUGUGAAGUUCCUCAAGACUCAGAUAUGGCUUCAUCAGACCAUGAUGAUGAUGAACUUCAUGGAUGAUAAUAAUGACCCAUCAUCUCUUGUGGUGGACCCUCAAUCUAAUUCUCUACAUUCUCAUGAUCAUCGAAGCCUCCAUUCAGGGACUAACUAUAAUUUGGUGGGUCAAGUACUUCAAGGGUCACCACAAUUGCCUGACCCUAAUUGCUUCCAAGGUGACGAGACUAAGCCUUUUAAUCCACCUAUCAACUACUAG